AUGCUGCAGGGGUCUGAUAUAUCAAAUAAUGAAUUUAUAGCUAUUUCUUCAAACACAUUGAUAUUGAUAUCAAAAGCACAUUCCCUGUCUAUACGAUUUAUAGAACUAUCUGAAUUUGAUACUAUAAGAGUUGAAAUAUUUGCAAAUAGUGGUUCGGGACAAUUAUAUAAAGAAAUAUCUAAAGCUAUAUCAAAAAAACAUAAAUUUGGUAAAAUUUGGGGAUUAGGAAAAAGGAUAAUGGUUAAUGCAAUUGAAUAUAGCAAUGAUGAAAUUUAUUGUGAAAUUCUUGAUUUUUUUUUCAUAAUGGAUAUUCAAAAUUCUAUUGAACGACAGUUAAGAGGUCGACCUAAAUCAGGUUCAAAAAGAAUUAAGAGUAUAUUAGAGAAGCUUAAUAACAAAACUAAAUAUAAGUGCAAGAUUUGCAAACAAAUAGAUUAUAAUAGUAAAACUUGUAAGGAAAAAGAGCUGUCGGAUGUUAAUUCAAAUGAAGAAAAUGAAGAAAUCAAGAGGUAA